AUGCCUCCUAAGAGGAUCGGCAAUGAUUCCACCAUCGAGAGGACCGAGGAGUACGAGAAGUUCCUCGAGGAACUCGCUGUAUAUCAUGAGAAAAGAGGCACUACCAUGGAAAACGAGCCUAAGGUCGAGAAUCAGCUAAUCGAUCUUCUGAAAUUAUACAAUCGCGUUGUGGCAGAAGGAGGCUACGACUUGGUCUCAGACACAAAGAAGAAGCCUCUCAUGUGGAGAAAGAUUGCGGACGAACUUCUGCCUGGCAUCAAGAACCUGGCCGGCGCUGCCUUCCUGGUCAAGAGAGCGUACUACUACAACCUGGUAGCGUACGAGAUUUCGACGCAUUGGGGCAAAGAGCCACCACCAAAGGAGGUCAUUGAAGAUGUGACGGCAAAGGGUGGAGACGUCAUGUCGAGGACAUUGGAGAACUUCCCAAACUCGACAACCAAGGAGACCCGCGGCGCAAACGGAAACUCAUCGGACAACGACGAGGCUACCAAGGAUCAGCACGACAACGGAGAUCCCGGAAGCGUACGGUCCACCCGGGGACUGCGUACUGCGCCGCCGCAGCGGAUUCCUUAUCAGCCCGACACGACCGCGCCUCGCCAAACCCGCAACCAGGGCCACCACACAUCGCAGACUCCCGCCUCACCAUCCCCUGCCUAUGCCAACACCACCCCGAUGACUCUAGCAACCUACGAGCCCCAGCAGCUGCUGCCGCUGACGCUCAAGCCCGUCACCACCCCGGCCAACAAUUCAGAGUACUAUCGUCUGAAGCGCAAGCAAGAACAGGAGGCACAGGCCAGCCACGUCGCAAAGAAACAUAGAGGUCUCAUGCUGCCAGGCACUGGUUUUAUCGGCCCCAACAUCUACGUUCGCGCUCAGCUUGCCCUGCAGUCUGGCCUGCCAGAAGAGGAAGAAUACGCCUUGCAUCAUCUUGUCAAGAUUUCUCACGAACGAGGCGACAAGUACCGCUUCGAUCAGUUUCCUGGUCUGGCUGAGGCUCUUGCCAGCAAGCUGUUGCAGGUGACCUCUCUCUUCUACGACCUUCAGUGGAUCAUCUCGUAUGACGAAGCCACUGGUCCGCGUACUUUGGAUGCCAUCAACGGCACGCCCGACCUGCUACAGAAGCUGCAAGCUGCUGUUCCACUCGACAUUGCGAGUACCGUCGAGACUGCCGAGUUCAGACAGGCGCUGCGUCUCAUUACUGAAUCCGGUCUCGUCAUUCGCAACAUGGUGAUGCUAGACGAAAACGCUCAAUACAUCGCCAAGCUGCCCCUUCUGCGCGACUACUUUUGCAUCGUGCUCAACCUACCAGUCCACCCCGCUUUGGUGGAGCUGCAGUACUAUGCUCUCGAGACCAUCGAGCAGCUCACAAAGCACUACGAUCUUGACGCCACCGACCUGCUCUACGAAACCCUACUUGCCCAACUCGAAUCCAAUGACCGUGGCAGAAUCGUCACCUCGCUGCGUGCCAUCGCUAGACUUGGCAUGGUCUACGAGGAGAACAAGCGGCUUGAGAUGGUUCCCCUGGAGAUCGUCCAGAAGUUGCCUGAUUGGAUGAUGCUGCCUGAUGAAGAGUUGCGUUCUGCAUGCUUGGACUUCCUCUUCCAGUACACCAGUAUUGCCGACAAUGUCGAGACCCUGGCACUUGAUGCCGACGUCCAGAAUCUUGUCAAACAGCUUUCCGAUCUGUUGCUCUACAACGCAAAGAUGGAGGUGCCUAAGAUGCACAAGCCUCGCCCUUCAGAGCCUCAUUACGAUUCGGAAAGCUCAGCUCACGUCCCACGCCUGUGUCAAGAUGUUGUCGAGUCGCUACUGCAAUACACCGAGCCUGACCGCAGUUCACGCUGGUUGCGUAUGUGCUUCGAGAUAGACCCCGAUUCCGAAAUGACGCAGAUACACCUCUGGCAGUCGUACCAAGCCACGUUCCUCAAGUAUUCGCCGACUCAUGGAAACCUCAUAGCAGGAGAGUUCAUUAAGAAUGUCUCGAACACCUUUACUGGCGCAUCUGCUCAAGUUGCUCACAACAAAUACGUGAUUAAAGGCAUCAGGCCCCGCAAGAUCGCCCAUGACAUCGAGGGCAAGGACCUGGUGAAGUGCAACUGGCGCACUAAUCCCACAGAUGUCGCACAAGAGAACAUCGCCAUCUUUGCCAACGAGAGCGGCAAGGAGUGUGGCGAGUUCUUCCUCAACGGCCCGAAGCUUUGGGAGCACAUCUUGUCCUCUCACCUGAACAUCCCAAAGAAGGCACCAACCACUGUCAACGGCGACGCUCCGCAGCUACUACAGAGCAGCUCAAAGAUCGCUGCUUUUGACUUUGCUACAGCCGACGCUUUCGCGCCAUACAAUUGCAAGUGGAGCAGUUGUUCUCGCAAACUUUCUGACCAUAGCCUGCCUGUCGCCCUCGCACUGAUGGCUCGUCACAUCAACACCCAUCUGCCGGACAGUGCUCCCCUAGCCGAGCAAAGACGUCAGAACCAGCACAACUCAAAGGACGUUGAAGAGCCUGUUCCCAGCAACCGCAUCUGGUACCGCACCAUGGCAGACGAGCGCAAUGAGGCUGCUGGCCUGCCAUUGGGGUCUGCGCUUGUUUUGCGCAACAUUGCUCGCGGUGUGCGUAAGAUGGCGCCCAGUGCGAACGGAGCUGCCGCCGCCGCUGUCGCCGCCGAAGAAAGAGCUCAUCCUGCUGAUGACGGUGAGCAGCCCCACCAGAAGCUCUUCUUCGCCAUGGCACACAACCCCACUUUGAAGGACCAUCUUACCGCUGUCCUCUGUGCUAUCGCUGCUGGUGGAGGUUAG